GGAAUGCUGGGAUGAUAGACUGGACUCAAGAACGAAACAAAAUGACCAAUGAAAAUUAAGAUAUCUUCUACGAAAAACAAAAUCUGUGAGUUGCUAUGUAAAAUACAUCAUUCUACAUCUGACAGUAAAGUCUCCACCUGUUUACAAACAAGAACAAGUGUCAAAAUGUCUGAAAGAAAAGCUGUAAUCAAGAAUGCUGACAUGUCAGAAGACAUGCAGCAGGAUGCUGUUGACUGUGCAACACAAGCUCUAGAGAAAUACAACAUCGAGAAAGAUAUUGCAGCAUACAUCAAGAAAGAGUUCGACAAAAAAUACAACCCAACAUGGCAUUGUAUCGUUGGACGUAACUUUGGAAGCUACGUAACACACGAGACCAAGCAUUUCAUCUACUUUUACUUGGGACAAGUCGCCAUCUUGCUCUUCAAAUCCGGUUAGAAAUACUCAGCAUUACAGACCGAGGAAACACGAACAAUGGGAACCAAAAUUUACUGCCAUUAUUGUGAUCAUGAGACGCUUAUGUUUUCUGUAGGCUGUGACAUCAUUAUUGACCUUUGACAGCAUUGUUUUACAUCAUAUUUUGUUAUUUGUUAUUUAUUUUAUACACAGAAAGAUAGUGUUAUUGUAUAAAUAUUUUGAUGUUUUGUAUUUUGAGUGCUCUGUUUCCACAUCAUAAAGUAAUGAAGAGUUCA